UUGCCGGUCGAAGGGACGGGUGAGCUAGUGGAGUUCGCGCACUGCUGCAGUACGCGUUUACGCCCUUCUACUCCAAAGGAAGUAAAACGCGAAAGCCUGUUUCUGUCUUAUCUUCCACCAAUUUUUUUUGUAGUUUUUGUGCGCUUAUGCGUGGAUAACGCACGUUCAAGUGGGCUCCACCAACCUAGCGACGAGAUUACCGAGAUGUGAGCCAAAAGCUUCGGUGCGCGGGGGUCUCUCUCUAUCGGGUUUCGCGAUGUGCUGUAGCAGCAGCGGCAGAGGCGACGGUGUGCCAGCGGCGGUGUGUUUUCUUGCGGACUCUCCUUCGUUCCAUGCGGCGGCGAAGAAACGACGCUACCGUGACGAAUAAACGGCCAGCGAAGGCGUGUGUGCGGCGAAGGUCGUCGCGGGAAACGUGUUCUGCGAUCGCAGCAACGUCUCGGCUGCAGCGGCUUCGGGAGACGCCGAUCGUCGCGUACUAUUCGUAUGGCGAUUUUGGGCCCAGGGUUCUGAGCUAUCCGUGGGUUAGGGUUAGUGCUCUCCGAAAGGGAUCCUGCCUGCACUUCACUGCAGUACGUGUGUAUCUUUCUUCGGGUCGCAUCGAGGAAGCCUGCGUAUGACUGAACCGAGCCUUGGAAACUUCGAGUGCGCGCUCUUCAAACGGCUUUGCUUGUGAAACCAGUGCCGCGUCGACUGUCCCCCUGCGCCACUUGCUUUAGCAGCGAACUCUGCGAGGGAGUGCGUGUUUGUGCUGGUGCUUUUGUUGUGAUCACGUUCUUCAUCCAACGCCCGGGGUUUCGUACGAGUGUGCCGGCUUUUGAUCAAAAUCUUGGAUGGGCUGCACGUCCCGCGCCCGCCGCUCUGCAGAUACACCCGGAAUGAGCAUGCGGAGAGCUUCUACGCAGCCUGGGAAAAUGGAAGUUGAAUGGGAUUCCCGUCUUCUCUGCUCGGAGAGCACAACACCAUGCCAGCGAGCCAGGAUGCUCCACCGCCGGAGCCUCCGUUAAUGCACACCUACCCCAAUAGCUCGGCAGCCAGCAUUCUCCAGUCUGUGAAGGAACAGGAGGCCCAGUUUGAGUUGCUCACAAGGCAGCUGGAAGCAGAGCGGCAGACUGUUGCCACACAACUCGAAAAAAUCAAACUACGGGACCGUGACGACACGGUGAGCGUCUCUAGUGUCUCGGUGAGUGGGUCUGCUGACGAGCCCCCUUACGCUUGGAGGCCCCCGCCUCCCCAGGUUGGCAACUUUGGAGCCGACGACAGAGAGACGCGCCCCAAGAUGACCGACUCGCACCUCAUCAUUAACCGAAAGACGGAAUCCAAAGAGGAAGAGCACCUCGUGCGCACUGAGCUCGUCGAGAAAGUGCAGAGGCGCUACUAUCCUGAUCAAACUACUACAGAGUAUCAUCGCUACAUGCAAGAUGGAAGUUCGCCCCAGGUGCAGGAGUCGUACUCCAUGAACUACCAUAGCACGACGUCGACCAACGGCCACCAAGUGGGCGACGGCGAGCACUCGCCAAACUCGUCCAAACUGGCGGUGCGAGAGAAUUCCCAGCUCGUCAGCCGGACGACGCAGCAGACCAAAACGCAACAGGUCAAAACGGUCACAAAAGUCAUAAAGACGAGGGAAGUUCGUCACGUCGGUCCCGACGGUCAGCCUCUAGAGUACAACCCUUACGGGACGCACGGCAUGCCCAUGGCAGGCUCCGACUACGUCACAUAUCCCUACACAGGUGCAACUGACAACUCCCACGGCUAUGGCAGCUACGAUACAGGCGAGCCUCCUAGUCCAGCCAGUCAGGUGGCACCCCCGCAUGGCGCCUACCCCCAGGAUUAUGCCACGUACGGCUCUUACCUACGCGACUACGACUACGGUGGCUACCCUGGACAAGCACCGACACCUCUCGUCACGUCGGAGUCACCCCUGCCGCCCUCGCACAUGGCCAUGCCCCCCGCGUCGUCGAGCAUGAUGUCGCCUCUCAUGGUGGCCCCCGACGGUUACAGCCACGGGCAUUCGGGUUACGACGAGCUCGACCCUCAACCUCCGAGGGGCGGUGUGGAAUAUGCACCGGACUGCUACAGUACACCUUCGCCGGCUCCUCAUCCGGAUCGCUACGGCACUUACGGCUACUUAGGCCCCGGUGCAAGUUCUCCUGGCUAUAGCCCUGGCUACGAGGGCGCACCCCCACCGCAGGGGUACCUUGACCGCCGGCCCAGCUAUGAUGAACACCAGGCCGGACCAGGAGGCACGAGGGGCCCCUAUGGGGCAGCUCCCCCUCGAGCCCUCUUCGAGGAAGAAGAAGAAGAGGCCAGCCCCGCACCCCCGCCCCUGGAGGGGCAGCUUCCCCCCAGGCCACCUUACGUGGGACCUCCGCUUGAUGGAUCAGACCCAGAGGGGUGGGGGGAUGUGCGGUGGCGAGACCCCGACCUGCACGAGGUGAUUGAGUUCCUGGGCCACCCCAACAGCGUGGUUCGCGCCAAUGCGGCUGCCUACCUGCAGCACCUGUGUUACAUGGACAAUGGCAUGAAGCAAAAGACGAGAGCUCUGGGGGGCAUCCCACUCUUGAUAGAGCUUCUGAAUCAAGAUUUCCCGGAGAUUCAGAGGAAUGCCUGUGGUGCCCUCAGGAACCUCUCCUAUGGCCGGCAAAAUGAUGAAAACAAGCGAGCCAUUCGGAAUGCGGGUGGCAUACCAGCUCUUGUGCGUCUACUGCGAAAAACGCCCGACAACGAAAUCCGCGAGCUGGUGACCGGGGUCUUGUGGAACCUCUCUUCAUGCGAGGAGCUGAAAAGGCCAAUCAUCGACGAUGCCCUCCAAGUGCUCGUGAACCACGUGAUCAUCCCCUUGUCCGGCUGGGACCGCAACCGUGACAGGGGCGACCACACGAAGCCCCAGGAGAUCUACUGGACCAUCGUCUUUCGCAAUGCCAACGGAGUCUUGAGAAACGUGAGCUCGGCCGGGGAGUACGCGCGGAGGAAGCUUCGAGAGUGCGAGGGUCUGUGCGACGCUUUACUCCACCUGAUGCGGACUGCGGUGCGCAAGAACGACAUGGACAACAAGAGCGUGGAGAACUGCGUCUGCACGCUGCGCAACCUCUCCUACCGGCUGCAGGAAGUCGAAGACCCCGAGUACGACAAGCACGCGCCGGCACCGACGCCAUCGCGCGCCACGGGCGCCGCCAUCAAAGUGGGCGACAGCUUGGGCUGUUUCGGAGCCAAGAAGAAGAAGGAGGCGCUGGAGAAGCAGAAGAAGGAGUCUUCCGGAUCGGCCCUGGCGUCGGCUUCGGCCAGCACGUCUCCGCGGCCGCAGUCGGAUCCCCCGUCCGGCAUGGAACUCCUCUGGCAGCCAGAGGUUGUGCAGCCAUAUUUGGCGCUGCUGUCCGAGUGCUCCAAUCCGGAGACACUAGAGGCAGCAGCGGGUGCCAUUCAGAAUCUGGCCGCUUGCUACUGGCAGCCGAGCAUAGAUAUCAGGGCGGCUGUGAGAAAAGACCGGGGCCUUCCUGUCUUGGUGGAGCUGCUCCGGAUGGAAGUGGACAGGGUUGUGUGUGCAGUGGCGACAGCAUUGCGCAACCUUGCCAUGGAUCAGCGGAACAAGGAGCUGAUCGGCAAAUAUGCCAUGAGUGAUCUGGUCCAAAAGCUGCCCAACGGCAACCCGCAGCACGACGUGGGCACCUCCGACGACACCAUAGCGGCGGUGCUUGCCACGCUGAAUGAAGUGAUUGUGCGCAACAGUGACUUUGCACGUUCGCUUUUAGAGGCCGGUGGCGUCACGCGGCUAACCUACAUCACCAAGCAGAAAGGCCGCUUCUCUGCACGUGUUGUCAAGUUCACAUCUCAGCUCCCUGUACAACUUGGGCAGCACGUUGAGCUGCGGGAAGUCUACAAGAACGCUGGCUGGCGCGAGUACCGACUUUCUCACGAGGACGCUGGUGCACGCAACUCUUCAUCCUCGCCGCCGUCGAGCGCCAACAACACGCUGAGCCGCCAAUCAGCUCCCAAGGGUGGCACCCGCUACGAGGACCGCACCCUGCCUGUGGCCCGAGAGCUUAACAGCGGGCAGCCCCCUGUGAACAUGCCAUACAGUCGGUCGGAGGAACUUCCUCUGAGCGAGCUCAGCCAUGGCGGCGGCGGUGGCGGUGCCGAGGGUCAACCGGGCUCCCCGCAGCCCGCACAGCCGCAACAGCCGACACUGCACCGCCCACCUGUUGGUGGCGUCCCGAUUUUCCCACCGGGCCCUCAGCAGCAGCCUAUGAGGUCUCCGCCUGAGCCCGUGUACGCCCAGGUGAACAAGAAAAAGGACCGGUAUCCGAACGAUCAAGGGCCCCAGUACCUCGCGCUCGACAGCCAGUCGUCCCAGCCAGCCGGAGACUCCUGGGUGUGAGAUGCGACGCUGUGGCCACCAUGACUUCAGCUGCGACGGCUUCUCAUCUUUCUUGUUUCACCGUGUUUUGGGACGUUCUCACACGCCAAGGCAACAUGGGAGAAAAAAAAAAAACAGCGAGGGAGAGUAGAAUAAGACUGUGCGUUUAGUAGUCUGAAGAAGACAACAGUGUGUUUUUAUUUUAUGCUUGUGACAUUCUUUUUUAUUUCAUUGCUGUUCGGAUUUCUGGUUCGCAUUUUUAAUCAAUUUAUAAUUGAGAAUUAUAUCAAAUUUUAGUAGAGUUUUGCGCAUGUGCACAGGUCAGGCGCAGCCAAGGUCUCCGCCGCACAACCUCGCGUUUUUCUGAGGCGGUGCCUGCGCUAGCGUGUAGGACAGCUCGAAGCCAAAGCAAGUUCCUCGUUUUAGUCUCGUUUACUUGCCGGUUAUGAAUCUAUCUCUAAAGUAGCUUUUUUUUUUUCAGUUUUUUACUUUUCUCUUUAGGUGUUCUGCGCAGUGAAGUUUUUUUUUCGGAACGGCACACCCGGAUCUCGUGCGGAGAGAUUACGUGCGUUCUCCCUCCCUGGUCUGCCCUUUUUGCAGGUAGCAGUUGUUGACGCGAACAAAAAACGUGAAGACAACAGAUGCCAAGGAGAUGCUCUCUGACUGUGUGCACGCGGGCGGUGGAAGUGGCAUGACACGCACUCACCGAACUUGCCUAACAGGAACGAAAACGAAUGAAUGCAGGGCUGAAUUGUGAAAUGGAAAGAAGGAAGUCAAGACCAGGUCUCCCCACACUCUCACUAGAAACAAUAUUUCCUGCACCCCCUUGCAUGCUGCGCAGGGCUUGCUGGACUCCUAUAAUGCCACCUCGUUAGGUGGCAUAACGAGCAGCUGUUUGCAAUCAAGGCAGCUGUCUCUUCGACGUCAGCUGUGGCGUAAAGAUGUGGGACGUCGAUGCUAAAGUAAAAACGAAGGAAGGAGGCACGUUCCCCUCCGUUGGUUGAAUAUGAGGGGAAAGGUGUCGGGGAUAUAUACAUAUAUAUACCUGGGAAAGUGGGGAAGCAAUUUUUUUCCCCGUUGCCAUUUACUACUCCAAACGCUUACUACUACUACUGAGUACGCUCUGUCAUCAUUACUACGCUGUACUAUUCCUGAUCCUGCCAGUGCCAACAAGAGUGUUUUUCGCCGUGGUUUGCGGCGAUCAGGCUUUCUUUACUUUGUUUUGGUUUCGUUUCGGUGAAUCGCGUCACGUGUGUCUCAGCACCCUCGUCUUGUCCCAUUCCCCAUGCUACUCGUCUCUCGCUCCCCGUCUUCCCGCAUCAUUUAAUUGAACCUUUUUCUCUUAUCACGUCCUUACUGUGGCAGCUCUCAGUUCAGCUGGUUCCGUAAUUGGGUCCUUCCAUCGUUGCACACGUGCCCGUGUGUGUCCGUCUAUCUCUCAACAUAAACAUUUCACAUGGAAACUUUGCUCAAGUGUCGCAGGGGUAUCUUGCGUUGCAUUUCUUGGGUUGUGCUGAUGACGACAGAGGCGGGAUGAAUGGAUGUCUUAUAGACAAAGAGCAUUGCUUCUCCGCGACACCGCGGCCGGCGCCUCCUUUCACGAGACAAACGUUGUUUGGCGGCGUGCAGCCUGCGAGGACGAACGACUCGAGUAGCAUUGCACCAUGCACUAGGGCGCAGUGUUGCCAGACGCUGGUGCUGAGUCUUCAAAGCAGUUGUGACCCCGGUCGGUGAGCCGACAACGAGCGUACGAGUCUGGUCGAACGGCUGCGUUUGCCUGCUCGUUGUCUCUAGCGGCUGGGGCUGGUAGGAGCUAAACAAAACAAAA